GAUCGGCUGUCCACCACAAACUCAGCGAUGAGGUGGCUGCAGCAGCUGCAAGUGACAAGAGCUUGAAGGUCUUGGUUGCAGAAGAUAACAUUGUGAACCAACGGGUGGCGGUGACUCUUCUGCGAAAGUGGGGGCAUGAAGCAGUUCUGGCCAAUAAUGGAGAAGAAGCUGUGAAGAAGGUUCAGACAGAUGACUUUGAUGUUAUAUUAAUGGAUGUCCAAAUGCCAGUUUGUGAUGGGCUACAGGCAACCAAGAGGAUUCGGGACUACGAGUCUACGAAGAACCACCACACUCCAAUCAUCGCAAUGACUGCACAAGCUCUUAUUGGAGAUGGAAUGAAGUGUAUUGAUGCAGGGAUGGAUUCGUACAUGAGCAAACCUCUAAAUGCCUCAAAGUUGAAGGACCUGUUGCGGCUCGUAUGCCGAUCGCACGCUCUUCCAAAGCCAACCAACGAGUCUACCAGGGAAUUUUGA